AUGGUUUUACUUUAUCAAGUUGCUUUAAUUGCAUUGUCUUGUGCCCAUAUUUGCAACGGGGCUGCGAUUAAGAAAAAAUCCAACAAGUUUGUUCAGUUUGAGUUUGACGUGACUCGCAAUGAUGGGCCAAUCACUAUCGACAAGCGUGGCUACGUUUCGUCAUCGUUAAGGAAUGAAAAAACUUACUACGGGAUUGAGUUAGAGCUUGGAUCAUCAAAGGCAAAGAACAAUGUUUUAUUUGAUACUGGGUCAAGUGAUUUGUGGGUUAUUGACAAACAAGCUGAUUGCGUCGAAGUUGAAUGUAAACAAUACGGUACUUAUUCACUUCAAGAUUCCACCACUGGUGAGGAUUUAAACGAGGCAUUCUCCAUUCACUACGCCGAUGACUCGUCAGCUAAUGGAACUUUUGUCAAGGACACGGUAACAAUCGGAAAUAUUUCCGUUCAAAGUCAACAAUUUGCUGUUGCCAAUUCUUCAUCUUCAGAUGUUGGAGUUUUAGGUAUUGGUUUCACUCAACUUGAACGAACCAAAGAUCACUCGACUUAUGACAAUUUGCCAAUCACGUUAAAGAAGCAAGGAUUUAUCGGCAAAGUGGCGUAUUCCUUAUACUUGAACUCACCUUCGAGUAAGAAAGGUUCAAUUUUGUUUGGGGGAGUUGACCACGCAAAGUAUCAUGGGGAAUUGAUUGACGUUCCAAUAGUGUCCAAUGAUAGUUUGGAUAUCGGACUCGAAUCAGUAGCAGUCAAUGGACACACCAUACAAACAUCGACGUCUCUGCUUCUCGAUCUGGGCACUACAUGGUCAUAUUUACCGGAAAAUGUCAUAAAAGCUAUUGCCAUUCAAAUUAAAGGUAAGUUUGUGGAUUCAUUGGGGGCCUAUGUUGCUGACUGCCACCAUCAAUACGUGAAUUUGACAUUCAACUUUGCCAACAAUGCUAAAGUGGAGGCACCAAUUUCGAGUUUUCUUGUGCCCAUUACUACAUUUGAAAAUAGUAAAAGGUCUUCAAGUGACAAUUGUGUAUUGGCAAUCUUUGAUGAUUAUGGAUCUUCUACAUUAGGUGAUAAUUUCUUGCAGAAUGCUUACAUGAAAUAUGACUUGGAAGAGAGGAAAGUUGGCAUUGCAACGGUUAAAUACACUAACGAGAGCUCUAUUGAGGAAUUGUAG